AUGACGCGAGCUACGGCGGCACAUCGGACAGUCGAAUCAUCCAACAGCCUUCUCCCGCUAAUCAACGCCGGCCACGUGUCCUCCAUCUGGCACGACAUCCUCCUCAUUCCGCCUCCGCCGCCUUCCGCGAGCGGCGCCAGGAGUCCCGCGGCCAACUCCUCCUCCCCGCGCCACCCUUCCCCGCGCCAGCUUCCCGCUUCUCCUUUCCCCACCUCCACCUUCACCUUCGUCUGCCGCGCCUCCGCGGAUCGCCGCGGGAGCGAAAGGCGGCAGCAGCGCGGGGAGAAAGAAGACCCCCUUCUCGAGUCGCUGCGGGAGAAGCGGAAGGUGGCCGUAUUGACCCUGGACGGCAGCCUUUAUACUAUUAAGGUGCGGACGGCGGGCCGUUGCUCUAAGUCCGAUUCGAAGACGGCAACCGAGGCGCCGCCGUCAACGUCGCUGGCGCCGUGGAAUCUGGGCAUCCUUCCCCAGACGUGCGUGCUCGCGUCGCCAUCCAUGUCGAUGUUUGCCCGUUGGGAUGAUGCAGCGAAUGCUACGAACGGAUGCGUCGACGAACUCGAAUCGCGGCCGGUUAAGGAGCUUCGCGAUUCGCUCUUAACGGCGUUCGACAACUCGUCUCUUGAGGCGCUGGAGAUUGGGUCGCAGGCGCGCGAUCCUGCGACGUGUAUGAAGUUAUUCCGCUGCUGGCGAUUCCCCUUCGACUGCUGGGUUCUGGGCGAAACAGCAUGCCGAUAUCGUGGAGGAUUAUCCCCUUUCAAAUCCCCGUCCCCUCCGUUUUCUGCCUCGGCCUCAUCGCCCUGUUUAGACCGGGCGGCAAGCUCCAGCAGCCUGCAAUCGUAUCGGAUCCGCCACACCAAAUCUGCUACGGAGUUUGAUAGUGGCGUGUGGAGACUUGUUGCUCCUCUCGAGAGCUAUGGGCUCCCAGGGAUGGUGUCUCCUCGGCUGGGAGGGGGAGGAGGAGGAGCAGGAGGAGGGAGAGCAGGAGGAGAAGGAGGAGGAGAAGGCGGAGGGGUGAAAAGUGGAGCUGGAAGGAAACACAGGCACAGCCACAGCAUUGACUUUGCUGCAGUGAUGAAGAACAAGGAUUGGCUUCACAGUCAUGACUUGAAGGACUGGUUGCAUCACCCUGAGUCUGCUGGUCUCGUGGUGGUUGCUGCUGCUGAGGGUGCAGCAGCAGUGGCAGAGGCGGCAAAACAGCAGGUAGUUGCUAGACUGACUGCUGUAGCCGGGAGUGUAGUGGGGACGGCAGAGCAUGUGGCUGGGAAUGUGGCGGGUGCAGCAGCAGUGGCAGAGGCGGCAAAGCAGCAAGUGGUUGCUAGGCUGAAUGCUGUAGCCGGGACUGUAGCGGGGACUGUAGCCGGGACUGUGGCAGGGACUUUUGCAGAAGCGGCAAAGCAGCAGGUAGUUGCUAGGCUGACUGCUGUAGCCGGGACUGUAGAGACUGUAGCAGAGACUGUAGCAGGGACUGUCGCGGGGUCUGUAGCGGGGACUGUGGCAGCGACUGUGGUUGGAACUGAGGGAGUGGAGGAAGAGGAGGAGGAGGAAGCGGAAGAGGAGGAGCAGGAGAUAUGUUUCCUCGAGCUUCGUCACUCACGGGAGGAGGAAGAGGAGGCGGAAUAG